AUGUCAGAGGCAUAUACAUUUCGUCCUGGCGGUUAUGUUACGAAAGAUUUUAACUUACAAUCACCAUACAUCUUUGUAAUUGUACUUAGUAGUGUUAUUUUACUCUUGAUUAUUAUUAUAAUUAUUCGAGAGAUGUUAAAGUCUCGGGGUAUGUUUCAAGAUUGUUGCAGUUGGAAAGGAAGUUGUUGUGAAUGUAUAACUUGUCAGGAAUGUUGUGUAUCAUGUGCUGAAACAUGUGAUUGUUGUAAUACAACAUCAAUUGAAUCAUGUCUUGAUGCAUGUUGUCCAAAACGAGGCUCAAUUGAAUUUGCAGAUAUUAUUACAUGCGAAGCAUGUUGCUCUGGACAAUGUUGCGAGUGUUGCGGUACGGCUUGUAUUUGUGCACCAACUGAUGUUAGUAAUGUUAACUGUUUAUGCUGUGCAUGCCAACAACAAUAUCCCCAAUGGGAACAUGAAGAUAGAUAG